CAGCCAAGCAGACCCCAACUUGUUCCUCUUCGUCCUGUCACUACUCAUCAUGGCUCGCCUAGCUGCUGUUGCAGGCUCGCUGAUCCUGGCCGCUGCUGCCUCGGCAGCCGCUCUGCCCCGCGACGCGGCGCCGACGGUCCAGCUGGCCAACGGCUCAUACUAUGGCCUGCACAGCUCAACAUACAAGCAGGACAUUUUCAUGGGCGUGCCGUUUGCCCAGCCCCCCGUCGGCGACCUGCGACUCCGCCAGCCGCAGCCCCUGAACUCGACUUGGGAAGGUAGCCGCAACGCCACAGAAUAUGGCUACCAGUGUAUCGGCUACGGCAGCGACCAGUGGGCUCAAACGGGCGACAACUACGUCAACGAGGACUGCCUGACCCUAAAUGUCGUGCGGCCCGAAGGCGUCGUCCCCGGCACUAAUCUCCCCGUCGCCGUCUGGAUCCAUGGAGGCGGCUAUUUCAUGGGCGGCGGCAGCGAUCCGCGUUAUAAUACCAGCUUUCUCGUACAGCAGUCGGUCGAUAUGGGAACGCCCAUCGUUGCUGUAACCAUCAACUACCGCCUGUCAGGCUGGGGUUUCCUGUUUAGCAAAGAGCUGGCCGCUGAGGGUGCUACCAACCUCGGCCUGCGCGACCAGCGCCUGGCGCUGCAUUGGAUCCAGGAGAAUAUCGGCGCGUUUGGCGGCGACAAGACCAAGGUCACAAUCUUUGGCGAGAGUGCAGGCGGCAACAGCGUCGGCACGCAUCUCAUCGCCUACGGCGGGCGCGAUGACGGCCUCUUCCGCGCCGCCAUCAGCCAGUCGGGAGCGUCGUCGGGCCUGCCGGGCGACGCGUCGGCCCAGGUGUGGCAGCCGCGCUACGACGCACUGCUGGCCGCGACGGGCUGCUCUGGGUCCGCCGACUCGGUGGCCUGUCUGCGCGCCCUGCCGUCGGCCCAGCUCUCGGCCGUCUUCAACAGCACCCUCACGACCGGCUGGUCCUUCCGCCCGGCGGUCGACGGCGACCUGCUGCAGGACCUGGGCACCACACAGCUCGCCGAAGGCCGCUUCGUCAAGGUGCCCUACUUGCUCGGCUGCAACACCGACGAGGGUGGGUCAUUUGGCCGCCGCGGCAUCAACACCGACGAAGACUUCCUCGGAAUGGUCCGCGCCAGCGCCCCGCACAUAGACGAGGUCACGGCCCAGACCAUCGCCGCUCUGUACCCGGACAUCCCCCAAAUCGGCGUUCCCUCGACGCUCGAGGGCCGGCCGACUGGCGGGCUGGCGGCACAGCUGGGCAAGCAGUGGAAGCGCUCGGCCGCCUACGUCGGCGACUACUACAUGCACAUCCCGCGCCGCAUCGCCGCCCAGGCCUGGGCCCGGGAGAAGGUGCCCGUGUACAGCUACAACUUUGACGUGCGCGUCCAGGGCCUGCCCGCAUGGCACGGCGCCGGCCACUUCCAGGAGGUUGUCUUUGUCUUCAACAACGUCCAGGGCCAAGGCUACGGCAACGUCGGAGCCAACCCCAUGGCCGGCGGGCCUGCCACUUUCCCCCGACUCGCCAACCUGAUGAGCCGCAUGUGGGUCAGCUUUGUUGUCAACAUGGACCCCAACAAGGCUGGGAUCGACAUCCCCGCCCAAUGGCCCGUUUACUCGGUCGACACGCCCCAAAACUACGUCUUCGAUGUCAACGGCACAGACAUCGCCCACGUCGAAAGGGAUCUCUGGCGCGCCGAGGCCAUUGACUACCUUUCGAAGCGCCUGGGCACCAUCUACGGACAGUAGCCACAAACGCUAGAGAUUAUGGCGAGGCGUCGUGAAGAAUAAAUAGCGUAUAUAUGUAACUCGU